CAGCUAAGCGGCACCGCCUCCUUUCCUCACUCCUCCCCCUCCUUCUCCACCUCCCCGCCCUCCUGGAAUUCUGGCUGCCAGAGAAGCACCAGUAGCCUCAGCAGCGGCUUCUCGGCAUGGUCUGCUAAGCCAGCCUGCCGGGCAACCGGAGUCCGAGGCAGAGAAGGCUCAAGGGGAGCUUUCCGACGCCAAAGGAAGAAAAGCAAAAGGCAAACGCGCCGGCCUCCUUGGGAUUGAUUCUCCACCUGGCAGAAAUCUGCCCUAAGCCGCGUUCCGUCUCCCCUGGGCCCCGGGCCAGGAAAAGGUGUUAGUUCGUGAGAUCGCUUUGGGACAACCGAACUGGGACCCACGUCGAUCCGGUGAGGCAAUGGGGCUCUAUGGGGCUGCUGGAGCCGCUGUCCUGGUGCUGCUUGCCGGACACUUCUCCCUGAGCUCGGCGCUGGAAGAAAAGAAAGUUUGCCAAGGAACAAGUAACAAGCUGACCCAGUUGGGUACUUUUGAGGACCACUUCCUGAGUCUCCAGAGAAUGUUCAAUAACUGUGAGGUGGUACUUGGAAAUUUGGAAAUCACCUAUGUCCAAAAAAAUUAUGACCUUUCCUUCCUAAAGACCAUCCAGGAGGUUGCUGGCUAUGUGCUCAUUGCUCUCAAUGCAGUCGAGAAAAUUCCUUUGGAAAACCUGCAGAUCAUCCGAGGAAAUGUGUUGUACGAAAAUUUUUAUGCCCUUUCUGUGCUCUCCAACUAUGAUGUGAAUAAAACAGGAGUGAGGGAACUGCCCAUGAGGAAUCUACUAGAAAUCCUUGUUGGUGGUGUUCGGUUCAACAAUAACCCAACCCUGUGUAAUGUGGAGACGAUCCAGUGGAAGGAUAUUGUGGACUCCGCCUAUUUAAACAAUAUCACAAUAGACAAUAACAGCCAUCCUAAGAGUUGUGAAAAGUGUGAUUCUAGUUGUCCCAAUGGAAGCUGUUGGGGUCCUGGACCACAAAAUUGCCAGAGUUUGACGAAGACCAUCUGUGCCCAGCAGUGCUCAGGACGGUGUCGCGGUAGUUCCCCCAGUGACUGUUGCCACAACCAGUGCGCAGCAGGUUGUACUGGACCCCGAGAGAGUGACUGCUUGGUCUGUCGAAAGUUUCGAGAUGAAGCCACAUGCAAAGACACCUGCCCCCCUCUGAUGCUAUACAACCCCACCACAUACCAGAUGGAUGUCAACCCAGACGGCAAAUACAGCUUUGGAGCCACCUGUGUACGCAAGUGCCCACAUAACUAUGUGGUGACAGACCAUGGUUCUUGUGUUCGCUCCUGUAAUGCUGAGACCUAUGAAGUGGAGGAAGAUGGCGUCCGAAAAUGUAAAAAGUGUGAAGGUCCAUGUAGUAAAGUUUGCAAUGGAAUAGGAAUUGGUGAAUUUAAAGAUGUUCUCUCCAUCAAUGCCACAAACAUCAAACAAUUCCAGAAUUGUACCACCAUCAGCGGCGAUCUGCACAUCUUGCCUGUUGCAUUUAAAGGUGACUCCUUCACGAAUACUCCACCUUUAGAUCCCAAAGAACUGAAUAUUCUCAGGACCGUGAAGGAAAUAUCAGGAUUUUUGCUGAUUCAGGCUUGGCCUGAAAACAUGACUGACCUCCAUGCUUUUGAACAUCUGGAAAUUAUACGAGGCCGAACAAAGCAACAUGGUCAGUUUUCUCUUGCUGUUGUUGGCUUGGACAUAACUUCCUUGGGCUUACGCUCCCUCAAGGAAAUCAGUGAUGGUGAUGUCAUCAUCUCAAAAAACAGACAACUCUGCUAUGCAAACACAAUAAACUGGAACAAACUGUUUGGAACAAAAAGUCAGAAAAGCAAAAUCACAAACAACAAAGAUGAAAAAGAGUGCCGGACUCUGGGCCAUGUUUGUCAUGAAUUGUGCUCACCCGAUGGUUGCUGGGGUCCAAAGCCAAGCCACUGCCUGUCCUGUCGCUAUGUGAGCCGUCACAAGAAGUGUGUUGAGAAAUGUAACAUUCUAGAAGGAGAACCAAGGGAGUACAUGGAGAAUCUGAAAUGUCUGCAGUGCCACCCUGAGUGUCUGCCUCAGGUGAUGAAUCAAACCUGCACAGGACCGGGUCCUGACAAAUGCAUAGAAUGUGCUCACUAUAUAGAUGGUCCACACUGUGUCAAGACUUGUCCAGCUGGAAUCAUGGGAGAAAAUGAUACCUUGGUCUGGAAAUAUGCUGAUGCAAAUAAGGUUUGCCAACGAUGCCAUCCCAAUUGUACCUAUGGGUGUGAAGGUCCAGGUCUUGAAGGCUGUCCCACACCUGGCCCCAAGAUCCCUUCCAUAGCCACUGGAAUUGUGGGUGGCUUUCUCUUACUGAUGGUGUUGAUCCUUGGCAUCGGUCUCUUCAUUAGAAGGCGCCAUAUUGUCCGCAAACGCACGCUGCGCAGGCUACUGCAAGAAAGGGAGCUAGUCGAGCCUCUCACCCCCAGUGGAGAAGCUCCCAACCAGGCUCUUUUACGGAUCCUAAAGGAGACAGAAUUUAAAAAGAUCAAAGUGCUUGGCUCUGGAGCUUUCGGCACAGUGUAUAAGGGACUAUGGAUUCCAGAAGGAGAGAAGGUGAAGAUUCCUGUUGCCAUUAAAGAAUUAAGGGAAGCUACUUCUCCAAAAGCCAAUAAGGAAAUUCUUGAUGAAGCCUACGUGAUGGCCAGUGUGGACCAUCCCCAUGUGUGCCGUCUCCUGGGAAUCUGUCUCACUUCCACAGUCCAACUCAUAACACAGCUCAUGCCAUUCGGUUGCCUUCUGGACUACAUACGGGAACACAAGGACAACAUUGGCUCCCAGUACCUUCUCAACUGGUGUGUGCAGAUUGCCAAGGGGAUGAGUUAUCUAGAAGAGCGCCGCUUGGUACACCGUGACUUAGCAGCCAGAAAUGUCCUUGUGAAGACACCUCAACAUGUGAAGAUCACAGAUUUUGGGCUGGCAAAGCUGCUUGGUGCUGAUGAGAAAGAAUACCAUGCAGAAGGAGGCAAGGUGCCUAUUAAAUGGAUGGCUUUGGAAUCGAUUUUACACCGUAUUUAUACCCACCAAAGUGACGUCUGGAGCUAUGGUGUCACAGUUUGGGAGCUGAUGACAUUUGGGUCCAAACCUUACGAUGGAAUCCCUGCAAGUGAAAUUUCAUCUAUUUUAGAGAAAGGAGAACGCCUUCCUCAGCCACCCAUCUGCACCAUUGAUGUCUACAUGAUCAUGGUCAAAUGCUGGAUGAUAGAUGCUGACAGUCGCCCCAAGUUUCGUGAGUUGAUUGUAGAAUUUUCUAAAAUGGCCCGUGAUCCCCAGCGCUACCUUGUUAUACAGGGAGAUGAAAGAAUGCACUUGCCAAGUCCCACGGACUCCAAAUUUUAUCGCACCCUUAUGGAAGAGGAGGACAUGGAAGAUAUUGUAGAUGCAGAUGAGUACCUUAUUCCACAGCAAGGAUUCUUCAACAGCCCCUCCACAUCUCGCACACCUCUCCUAAGCUCUCUGAGUGCUACCAGCAAUAAUUCUGCCACAGUAUGCAUUGAUAGAAAUGGGCAGAUUUGCCCUGUGAAGGAAGAAAGCUUUAUCCAGAGAUACAGUUCUGAUCCCACUACUGUCUUAACUGAAGACAAUGUGGAUGAUAGCUUCCAGCCUGUACCAGAAUAUAUAAACCAGUCGGCUCCUAAAAACCACACGGGUUCUGCCAUCCAGAACCCUGUCUAUCACAACCAGCCUUUCAACCCAGAUGCCUCUAAAGACUCUCUGUACCAAAACUCACACAACAGCAGUGCGGUGGACAACCCUGAGUAUCUCAACACAACCCAGCCCAACCUGAUCAAAAAAGCCUUCGACGGCAAUUCCUGCUGGAACCCGAAAGCCAACCACCCAAUCAGUCUGGACAACCCUGACUACCAGCAGGACUUCUUCCCCCAGGAAGCCAAGCCAAAUGGGGUUUUUAAAGUUCCUGCCGCAGAAAAUCCUGAGUACCUCAGGGUAGCAGCACAACAAAGUGAAUUCAUUCAAGCUUCAGCAUGACCCUUUGCCAACAGCCUUCUCUCCCUCCCUCCCUCAUGCAGCCAUGGAAUCUAGCUGCCCCAGGACUGAGCUACGGACAACAAAGGCAGCAGUCAUGCCGUGUAGCCACUCACUCACACCUUUCCUUUCAAGCCUAUGGGCCAGACAUUGCCACAGUUGGCUUUAAUUUCCUUUGGUACGUUCCGGGGCCUGUCUUCCAUUGGAAUUGUCCCCCUUUCUGGGCAUAUAAUGGAGUCAACCAGAGGCAGAUUUUCUGCAAGUGCAUUCCUUCAUCUUUAAUCUGUAAGACUUCCCAAAUCAACAGCAAGAUGCCCAGGAAGCACAUUUUUCCGUUUGUACAGAAGUUAAUUGUUUUUUUUUUCUAUGCCAUACAUUUGAAAAAAAUAAUAAUAAUAAUGUUUGUGAGUAUUUUUUUCUUACAAGAUCCCAUUGGCACGUUCAUGACAGAGAUGAUUAUUGACUAUAACAUGCACUACCCUGAAGGGACCCAGACUGGACCGAGUCAAAGAAGCAUGUGAUGAAAGAAAAUGAGCUUUAAGCUCCUCGGACUUAGCCAACUUAACAAUUCAUCCCAUUGGCUUUGUCCUUCUUUACAUGUCAAAGGCCAAGAAAGAACAUUUCUUGGUUGGCAUAGCAUCAGCUCCUGACGAAAAAGAGAAACAGACCUGCCUAUGGCAUGCUGGCCGCAGGAGUUACAGAAACCAAGUGGAGGAAGUCUCUCCCUGCACUUCAUUGUAAAUGUGCCCACGGUACUUCAAACAGUUUUUUUUAAGUGUUUUCUAAUUAUGAAUACUCAUCUGAUUCUUUUCUUUUUCAUUCCAUGUCUUUGCAACUGCACUUGUUAAAAUGUUUUCCCUCGAUGCUUCUAUUACAGAGUGGAGGGUGGGGGUGUUGAGGAGGGAGUAAAGACACUAAAACAAAACA